AUGAGUGGUUACUUCGUCGACGACGACGAGGAGAUCGAUAUUCGAGUGCGCCAUGGGCAUACGCCGCCGAUCCCCAUGGUCUACCCGGACCAUCGCUACCGGACCGCCCCGCGUGCGCACUACGAGAGUCCCCAUGCGAGCAGCUUUCUUGUCCCCGCGGUGAGCGGUGGCCGUCGUCGCUCGCGGUCCACCGGCCACCGAGCCAGUCCCCCGCCAGCUCCCGUCAUCAUCAACAACCGCAUCUAUAACGAUUUUGAUGAGGAAGAUCAUGGCCACAAUCCGUUUGCACUGCGCCCUCACCGGUCUCCGUCACGAUCCCACUCCCGGUCCCAUUCCCGAUCCCACUCCCGAGUCUCGUCUCAUUCGUCCCGGGAGGAAUAUGAGAUGGAGAGGGCGAGGGCUCGCGAGAAGGCACGCCGCGAUGUCGAACUAGAACUGUUGCGCGAGAAGGAUCACCACAAAAGCUAUGAGCUCGAGCAAAUGCUGCGCGACAAGGACCACAAAAGCUAUGAGCUCGAGAGGAUGCUGCGCGAGAAGGACAACAAAGGCUAUGAGCUUGAGAAGGCACGCGAGACUGCCCGUCGAGAGGUCGAGCUAGAAAUGGCACGCGAAGCCGAGCGCAAGGAGUACGAAAGAGAAAAAGCACGCGAUAGGUUCCGCAAGGAGCAGGAUCUCGAGAAAGCUCGCGCAGAUAGAUCGCAAAAGGAGACAGAGCUUGAGAAGACCCGCCGACAACUGGAGGCAUUCAAGCUGCGAGAGGAGAGGGAGAAGGAAGAGAAGCGCAUAAAGGAGGAGAUGGAGUUCAAGCGGCUUCGAGAUGAGCGGAAGAAGGAGGAAGAAAAGAAGCGGGUGGAGGAAGAAGCUAAAAGGGCGGUAGAGGAAUUUAAACAGAAGGAAGCAGAGCGAGCCGCUAAGGAGAAGAAAGAGAACGAAGAACGAGAGCACGAAUACCAAAGGAGGCUUGAGGAGGACCUGCGCAAGUCGGGCAUAGACGAGAGGCAGAUAUCCGUCAUCACCAAGAAAGAGCAUCCCGUCGACCCGAAGCAGCCCACCUAUACAAGAAUGUCUCGCCGACAUCUCUCAAUCGAAACUCUUAACGCACAUAGGAUUAGCUACGAAUUCGAUUCGGAUCCUGAUUAUAUUCUUAUCAAACGAUGGGUCCCAGAAUAUGAGCAAGACUUCCUCUGGUCACACACGAGGGAGAUCAGGGAGCGAAGACGAACCGUUCUCGCAAUUGAAGCAAAGAAACACCACCAUGGCGAGACCGAAUUUGAGCUUGUGCGGAAGAAGGAGCAUAAGAGGAGACCAUCGCCAUCUCCCUUGUUGACUUUCUUGGCUGGCGGCAGCAGCAGGCGGUGA